AGCUGUGAACCAAUUGAUUCACGCUUAAGCCUUGUGUUUUUUCCGACUUUACAAGGCUACUAGGAAAAGUGGGGGAGUGACGACUUGUUCCUGGAAGAGCCAGCCUGCGGAGUCAGUCACAUUUUUGGCUGGGAUUCAAUGACUGAGCCAGACACACACAAACACUGAGAUAGGGGCUGCGAGGGAGAGAGAGGGGCGAGUGAGUGAGCAAGCGCAACCCAGCUCACAGACUAGCCAUCUCCAGUACACAGGCAUAUCGAACAGCAGGGGCAGACGGAGUGUAUGCGUCCGGCUAUACUGCAGUAUUCCACAGUUUAAAGGAGAUUACACGCGGGUUUUUACUGUGUUUUAUACCGGAUACAUAUAGGGAGAAGGCUUUGCUUUAUCGGUCGAUACUUUUUCUGAAACUUCAAAAGCAUUAUUCAUUUUUGGAGGAGUUUCAGAGGGACGCGUUUUAGAUAUGGACUGUCAGGAGUGUACUGCAGGGGAAGACUCGCCCGUGUCACCAUUCGCUUAGUAGGCUAGUCAACGGAAUUGGAAACUCACUGCUCGGGACUUUUUUGUGGAUGUUUGAUGAAGCGCUUUCUGCACUUGGCUAAUUCUCGGAGACCUUGGAUUUACAAGGAACCGGAACCUAUCGUGGCUUUCAAUUGUUUUAGUUUGCCCCAGUUGAAAGGAACUCUCGCUUCCAAAGUCGCGGUGAAAACAUGGAGACUGUAACUCGACAAAGCUUCCAACCUCACCCAGGACUGCAACAAACUCUCAAGCAGUUUCAUCUGAGUUCUAUGAGCUCCCUCGGCGGACCGGCGGCGUUUUCUGCUCGAUGGCCACAUGACCUCCUGUUCAAGAAGGAUGGGAAAGAGCCCGAGCCCGUGCUGCAUCUUCCCAUGCAGCCGCCGACAGUGAUGCCGGGACCUCUCUUCAUCCCCUCCGACCGCUCCACCGAGAGGUGCGAGACGGUCCUGGAGACCGAGACUGUCUCCUGUUUCGUGGUCGGCGGCGAGAAACGGCUGUGCUUGCCGCAGAUCCUCAACACCGUACUGCGGGAUUUCUCCCUUCAACAGAUCAACUCGGUGUGCGACGACCUCCACAUCUACUGCUCCCGGUGCACGGCAGAACAGCUGGAGAUCCUCAAAGUCAUGGGAAUUCUCCCCUUCUCCGCGCCUUCCUGCGGACUCAUCACCAAAACGGAUGCGGAGCGCCUGUGCAAUGCCCUGAUUUACGGAGGCACCUACCCGCCGCACUGCAAGAAAGAGUUCACGGGCUCACUGGAGCUGGAGUUCACGGAGAAAAGCCUCAAAAUAUACCACGAGUGUUUCGGAAAGUGCAAGGGUCUCUUCGUCCCGGAGCUGUACACCAGCCCAAACGCAGCCUGCAUUCAGUGCAUGGACUGCAGACUCAUGUACCCGACACAUAAGUUCGUGGUGCACAGUCACAAAUCUUUGGAAAACAGGACUUGCCACUGGGGCUUCGACUCCGCCAACUGGAGGGCAUACAUCCUCUUGGGCCAGGAUUACACAGGGAAAGAGGAGAAGGCGCGCCUGGAGCAGCAUUUGGACGAGAUUAAAGAGAAAUUUGACUUCGCCAACAAAUAUAAGAGGAAAGCAUCCAGGGCAUCAGAUCCCAUUCCAACCAAGAAGUCUAAACAUGAAGACUUCCCAUCCCUAACCCUGUCCGAGAAGCAACCCGAUUGGCUACGAUCCCUCUCGGCUUCGGCCAAUAAGGGGCUCAACUGCUUCCAGCCCAGACAGAGGCCCUCGGCUUUCAGGCCCUGGUCCCCUAACCUCUCAGCUGGGGACAAAGACGUGCCCAGCCGCCCUCUGGCUCUCCUGAGAGACAGUCUUUACAACUUCAAGACCAUGGAGAACGCUGUGUCCCCAAACAUGGCCCUCACACCCCCACCCCUGACAAAGGCAGGGCCCCUGUCCCCGUCCGUGCCUAGCACCUCCCACCCCAGUGCCAGCAAGGCCCCAGGAAAGGGAGCCAGCCCCAUAUCCAGGACCCGGAAGAGGAGGGCCACAGGGGAGCUCCCGCACCCAGGCCACGAGCCACCCUUCUCCCCAUCGGCUGCAGCCAGCAAGCUCCCACCCCAGGAGGACAAGGACUCGGAAGUGGAUAUCGAGGUGGAGAGCCGAGAGGAAUUCACUUCGUCCCUGUCCUCCCUCUCCUCCCCAUCCUUCACCUCCUCCAGCUCUGCCAAGGACAUAAGCUCGCCCGGCGCCCAGGUCCCAGUGUGUACGGCGGUGGUGUUGAGCCCCGAGGACGGCCCUCUCGCUGGGGUAGCGGCAGCAGCAAUGGCGGUGGUGUUGGCCCCUGAGGGCCCCGGGCCGGGGGGUCUGGAGUCAGAGUUGGAGAUCCUGAGGCUGGCGCUGGACAGCGGGCUGGACUCCAAGGAGUCUAAGGAGAAGUUCCUGCAUGAGAUCGUUAAGAUGAGGGUGAAGCAGGAGGAGAAGCUGGGCUCCGCCCUGCAGGCCAAACGCAGCCUCCAACAGGAGUUGGAGUUCCUGCGACUGGCUAAGAAAGAGAAGCUCAGGGAGGCCACGGAGGCCAAGAGGAACCUGAGGAAAGAGAUUGAGCGCCUUCGCGCCGAGAGCGAGAAAAAGAUCAAGGAGGCAAAGGAGUCGCGCGUGCAUCUGAAGAGGGAGCUGGAGCAGGCCCGGCAGCUCAGAGUGUGUGACAAGGGCUGCGAGGCAGGUCGCCUGCGCGCCAAGUACUCCACACAGAUCGAGGACCUGCAGAUGAAGCUCCAGCAUGCCGAGGCGGAUCGCGAGCAGCUCCGGGCAGAGCUACUACAGGAGCGGGAAGCCAGGGAACACCUGGAGAGAGUGGUCAAGGAGCUGCAGCAGCAGCUGUGGCCCAAGGAGCAGGACACGCCUACCGAGGACACCCCCGUCAACAACUAACCCUUUCCAUGACCAACCCCCCGCCAAUCCCCCACUAUCAGCACCCGAAACAAAACUUUGCCUGAGACCACAGAGACAGAAUAGAGAGAAGCAGAAAUAUCAAUCCUCUAUGUGUGCGUGUAUCCAUCCUCACAAAAACUGUAUGAGUGCUUGGAUGCAUCCUUGGAGAGAGAAACAAAGAAAGUCCAACGUGGUCUUUGUACAAGGACCAAGUUGUUACUAGUUGUUGGUAUUUGUACAAGGACCAAGUUGUUACUAGUUGUUGGUAUUUGUACAUGUACCAAGUUGUUACUAGUUGUUGGUCUUUGUACAAGGACCAAGUUGUUACUAGUUGUUGGUCUUUGUACAAGGACCAAGUUGUUACUAGUUGUUGGUAUUUGUACAUGGAUUAAGUUGUUACUAGGACAAGCACUGAAACGCACCUCUCCUCCACAAAACUGAAAAUUGGAUCAGGAGAAGAAAAAAAAUAUAUAUAGCACAAAAUUUAGUUGUGCCUGUAUUUUCUGAGACAGAAACUGGUGAACCUUUUGGAUAAACACUUUUCUAUGAUAAAAAAAUAAGAUAAUAAUACAAUAAUUUUACAACUGGCCUGUUUAGAGACAAAAUGGAGGGCUGUCAAAAUGGCAGAGGAGCCGGGAAGUAGGACUGGACUCCUGAGGCGUGCCCCAGCAGGGCUUCUGCUCCGUUUCCCGUGAAGAAGUUGGAGAAUUUCAUGACCUUAUAAGCUAUUUAAGAGACUGCAAAGCGAUAUGUAAAAAAUGUAACGAAAACAUUUUCUUUGCUUCUUUGUGCUAUAAGAGCUUGGAGACAAAAAAAUAUGGAUUUGCAAAUAUGAACAGACAGCAAGCAAGACAAACUACCACCAGUGCCAUCAUGGUUAGUCGGUGAGUAGAGGAGGCCAUUUUGAUCCAAUGAGGAAAAGUAUCAAGUUUGUUCUACUAUUCCAUUAAUACAUCAUAAAGUUUACUAUGGAAGGGGUCAGAGGAUUGCAUUGGACUAGAUGUUUUCUCUCUUUGACACAGGCCCUGUGUCUGUGUUCUGGUAAACCUCUUAGAGUGAGCAUUUCAUUUAGAUAUUAACAAGAGAUGGUCACACAAAUACACCGAAACAGCAUACAUACUUGUCUUCAUUAUGUGUUUGUGAGCAUUUGGGUUAAAACCCAAAAGUGUAUCUUAUAAAGAUAUACUUUGUGAUCAUUUUGUAUCUGGGUGCAAUCUGAAGCCCAGAUUUGUACACAAGACUUCUGCUGGGUUUCCCCCUGGGACUGUUGGUUAAAACUAGCUUACCCGGCUUUACUGCUUUUCAUUUGAUUAGCGAGAGUUGGCAUGACUUGCUCAAAUGAAGAUCGAAAAUACAAUUUUUGAAUACUAUGAUUUUAGGGCUGGAAGUGGCGCCUUUAGCCAGAACCACAACAUUUUAUUUUUUAAAUAAAUGAUGGUAUGUAAAUAUAUAUAUAUAUGUGUUUUGUUUUUUUACAAUAAUGAAUCGCACUUUGUCAUUACAAAAUACUGUUAUAAUGCCUUAUACUCCCAUUAUUGUCUUCAAUCUUACAUUGGAGAGGAAAUAUCCAUGACAACAACAAUACAAAUCCAAGUGAGCAUUUUGUUAUUAUAUGCAACUCAUUUAAAUGCAAUGUAAUCAUGUGUUUAAGACAAAAUAUUGUAAAUAAAAUGAGAGAGAAAAGGGGUCAACAGGCUUGCUUGCUGAUACAGUUUGGGCUGUUGAAAAAUGUCAUUCCAGUCUUUUUUGGCACUAAUUCUACAAUUUCUGUUGACAAGUAACACUCAUCAAAAUAGAAAGACAGUGGAGACAGUAGGAUAGCAAAAGACAAAAUGGCAUGGGCGCCCAACUCUCCUAAAAUGUUGGUAUUUAUUAAUACGACAAUGAUUCAUCCACGUUCCAAGGUGUGAAACACAGUGCUUUUAGACCAUUCAUGGGAAAGCAGUGAUUAUAACAGUCUGAAGACACAUUGCUCAUAUAUUUACCAGAAAAAAUAUAAAGAUGAAUAAUAAAAAAAAAAUACAUUUUAUAAUGCUCCGCUACAGAGUGGGAACAAUGCAAAUUAGAAUGUACAUUGUGUUUAUGCUUUUUUCCUUUGAGUGUUGAUGUUGUUGUUGUUUUAAAUGUGGGAUAUUUUUAUGGCUUGUUUCUUCUGUUCCUUUUUUCCAAUAGAAAACUCAUAUAUUUUCAUUCAUAUGCAUGACAUUUGAGAAGGUUUGCCAUACAUAUAGUCAUUAUUGGGCAUUGAUACUGUACAUGUAAGGAUUUUAUUGUGUUGUACAGCAAACCUGUCUUUUUUUAGAGGAAUCUAAACAUGUUUAUUACAUAGUUCAAGAAAAAUAACUUUACACGUACACGCAAAAAAACACAACCUGAAGUUCAAACACAAUGCUGGACAACCUCAAGUGCCUGAAAGUGGGCAGAGGGUUUUCCAGAUCAGGAACACUGACGAUGAAGUAACUGUUUGUAUUUGGCCUGAGUAGGAACGUGCUCAAGAGUCAACUCCACCAUGGGAUGUCAUUACCGUCACAGUGCAGAUGUCACGCCCGUCACACAGUGCAGACACUGUCGACGGAGGGGACAUUUUCAUUCUCUCUUCUCUCUGCACUAUCCCUCUGGAUAGGCCUGACUUGACUACAUUGCUCAAGCUACAUGAUGCAGCUUUCCCCCCCAGUAUUUCUAAUGCAGUUUAAGGCGGUAAUUACAUUAACUCUUCUUCUUUUUGAACAGAAACAAUUUAACGACUUGUAAUUGUAAAAAAUAAAUAAUCUAAUAAGGCAUUUUGAAUGAUACCUUUAAUUCAUUCAGAAAUGUUCUUUUAGAGAUAUGCAUGUCACAAAUAAUUCUAGGUAUCAACAGAUACCAUAGCUAUGCGGUAUUAUGAGGUUAACUCUUGGUUGUAGAAAAAGAUGACCUACCAUUUCUAUGUGAUUUGGUCUGUCUAUCCAAAGGUGGACAUUUCUAACUAGUGAAGAGGGCAUUAUGUCCAAGCCCCAUGUCUUAACCAACAUUAGAAAGGCCAAUGUUAUUUAGAGACUGACACUGAGUCUGUGACUUUUGCGGACCUAAAAUUGGUACAUUUUAUAGUUGUUUUUACACUCGAGUGAAUUGAUAUUUGUAGUUUCCUUUUCAUGGUUUUCUACAAAAAAAGGGGAGAAAAUGACAACAUUGGCUCUUUGCUCCCAAGUAAAAGAAAAAAACGGAUAAAUGAUUUAUUAUUUUUUAAACAAGAACCAUUUUGCUAAAUGGAGGACAACGAAGAAGCAAUAACAGUAGAACAUAUAAAACUAUCCAGUGUGAAGAUUUAAAAAUAAGAAUUUACAAGUGUAAAUAAUCUUUCAUUUUUACACUAUUGUGUUAUAUAUGUACAUGGUGUUUCCUUUUUAUCCAAAACAAAUCUUUUCUUACAGCUGUCUUGUUUUGUUUUGGUUUGUGUUUUAACCAAGAACAUGUUUCAAAAACAAUUAUUGCAGUGCAUUAGAGAAUAUUCCCUACACAAACAUGUUGUUUAUCCAAUUAUUUACAUUUUUAUUUUACUGUAAGGUCUUUAUAUUGAAAUACUUUUUUCAACAGUUCAUAUAUUUUUUACAAUAUAUUCAAUAUCAGAUAGUGUACAGUGUCUUCAGAAAGUAUUCAUAAACCUUGACUUAUUCCACAUUUUGUUGUGUUCCAGCCUGAAUAAAAAAAAUUUUUUUUUUUUUUGUCUCACCCAUCUACUCACAAAACCCCAUAAUGACAAAGUAAAAACAUGUUUUAGACAAUUCUGCUAAUUUAUUGAAAAUGAAAUACAGAAAUAUCUUAAUUUACAUAAGUAUUCUCAUCCCUGAGUCAAUAAUUUGUAGGAGCACCUUUGGCAGCAAUAACAGCUGUGAGUCUUUCUGGGUAAGUCUCUAAGAACUUUCCACACCUGGAUUGUGCCACAUUUGCCAUCAUUAUUUUUUUAAAUCUUCAAGCUCGGUCAAAUGGGGUGUUGAUCAUUGCUAGAAAACUAUUUUCAGGUCUUGCCAUAGAUUUUCAAGUAGAUUUCAGUCAAAACUGACUCGGCCAUUCAGGAACAUUCAGUGUUUUCUUAGUUAGCAACUCCAGUGUAGAUUUGCCCUUGUGUUUUAGGUUAUUGUCCUGCUGAAAGGGGAAUUCAUCUCCCAGUGUCUGGUGGAAAGCAGACUGAACCAGAUUUUCCUUUAGGAUUUUGCUUGUGCUUAGAACCAUUCUGUUUCUUUUUUAUCCUGAAAAGUCCUUAACGAUUAUAAGCAUACCCAUAACAUGAUGCAGCCACACUAUGCUUGAAAAUAUGGAGAAUUGUACUCAGUAAUAUGUUGUAUUCGGGACAAAAAGUUAAUUCACUCUGUCAAUUAGGUUAGUAUUGUGGAGAACUACAAUAUUGCUGAUCCAUCCUUAGUGUUCUCCUAUCACAGCCAUUAAACGCUGUACUUUUUUAAAAGUCACCAUUGGCCUCAUGUUGUAAUCCUAGAGUGGUUUCCUUCCUCUCCGGCAUCUGAGUUAGGAAGGACGCCUCUUUAUAGUGACUGGGUGUAUUGACACACCAUCCAAAGUGUAAUUAAUAUGCUCAAAGGGAUAUUCAAUGUCUGGGAUAUUCCAUGUAUGUUUUUUUUACCCAUCUACCAAUAGGUGCCUUUUGUGAGGCAUUGAAAACCUCCCUGGUCUUUGUGGUUGAAUCUGUGUUUGAAAUUCACUGCUUGACUUAGGGACCUUACACAUAACUGUAUGUGUGGGGUACAGAGAUAGGGUAGUCAUUCAAAAAUAAUGUCUAACACUAUUAAUGCACACAAGUCCAUGCUACUUAUUAUGUGACUUGUUAUGGAAAGUUUUACUCCUGAACAAAUCUAGGCUUGCCAUGACAAAGGGGUUGAAUACUUAUUGACUCAAGACAUUUCAUCUUUUCGUUUCUAAUUUGUAAAAAUUUCGGAAAACAUAAUUCCGCUUUGACAUUAUGGGGUAUUGGUGACAAGAAAAACUCUAAAUGUAAUCCAUUUUAAAUUCAGGCUGUAACACAACAAAAUGUGGAAAAAGUCAAGGGGUGUGAAUACUUUCUGAAUGCACUGUAUGAAUGUGUUAUUCAAUGUGUUUCUAUGGGUUAAUAGCAGGAAGGCCAAAUUCAAUGUUUCAUCAAGUAAUGGUAAAAAUGGGUCACACAAGAACUACCGCCACCUCGCAGGUUUUUUCCCCAUCCUCAUGUAUAUUUUAGCCCUACACUGCUGCUAAUGCUAUAUCAACUUUACAUUUCUAGAAAUAUUUUUAUGUAAGAGGUAAAUGUAUGCUUUCUCGUUUAUUAAUGACGCAUAUACAGUAUGAGAAAAACGCUUGGCUUAUUUAUCUAUUCCUUCCUCUCCCUUGCCCCCCCCCCCCCCCAUUCAUUGACACCCUCUCACAACACGGACUAUAUUGUAAAGUAAAGGACUUUAUGAGAUUAUGUUUGAAAAUAGCUAUGCUUAUAUACCACAGUGACUGAAUGUACAGUGUAUAGAUGCAUUACCAGAAAUAAAGUUGUUUGUCCAGAUUAAA